ACUCUUCUUCCUGUGAGUGGUUAGAGAACCAUAAGCACAUUAUGAGGAAGAAAGUAUUACAUUUUCCCAUAGUAAACCAUUUUUAACUUUAGCAAAGCUGUUAAUCUCUAUGCAGUAAUUCAUCUACUGCACUUUCGGCAGCAGUAACUUUGUGAAGCCUUUGGCAGCACUAACAAUCAGCCUCUGAGCCUGAUUCCACUUGACUGCCACAGGGAUGCCCCUCUCUUGAUGCUGUACUCUAACUUUGGUUUAAACAGGAGAGAAAGGAGUGAGGCAGCAAUUUUAUUUCAGUAAAGAAAAGAAAAAGCAAACUCCUCAUCUCUGGUGAACAUGUCACUUCUACAUCUCUUUCUCUGGUAGCAAUGGAAAAGGUCCUGGACAAGAUAAUCUUUCAUUCAAGUCACUUCCUACCAGGAAAUGCCUAAAGUGAGAGGUCAAGUAAGACAAGCUGUUUUCCAGUAUUUUGUGCUGUCACUCUUUGCAAAGGCCUUCUCAGCCUACUAGCAAAUAAAACCCUAUCUGGGACCCUAUUUUGAGCUAUUUUCAGUUUGGGAGCUAUUCUUAUCAAAAAAGUACUUGAAGUACUUGCGUGUGAAAGACAGUAGACUGCUCUGACCUUGCUAAAUGAGUGUGUUCACUUCAAUAGGUGGCAAAGACACUUAGAAAUAAUGGUCUGCAUGGAGGUGGACUCUUUAAUUUUUUUCUUCAAGAGUAUGACGCAGUAGAAAUGCAUCACCAAUGAAAUACGAGCACAGACACUUAAAAAACCCAUAGGCCUGAGUGGCACAUACUCCAGGCAGUACUAAUAUCUGUCAGCUUGGAUGAAGUGAAGCUGCGUAGUUCAGGAGUCUUGAAAGGAAGUGAAAUUUGUGAAAAAUGACUGUAGAACUGAAUCUAAACUUCCUUAAAGAACUGGAGCAGGAGACUGUUUUGGAGGUUCUGUACCGUGAUCAGAUGCUGAGAAAAGUGGAUGAAGAAAGAAUAAGGAAAUUGAAAACACAGCUGCAGCAGCUUCGGUGGAAAGGAGCUAAAAAUGCAAGCCACGAAUAUCAGGAGAGGUCUUGUGCUCGCUGUCAGAAAUCCUUGGGCCUUGUGAUGAAUAGAGGUGCGGUGUGCAAUGGGUGCAGCCAUCGAGUGUGCUCCGAGUGUCGCGUCUGUCUCAAUCCCUACUUGUGGAAGUGCACCAUCUGCUAUGCUCAUGGAGCCAUGAAGGUAAAAACUGGUGAAUGGUUCUUUGAGGAACGAGCGAAGAAAUUCCCAGGUGAAGGUAGACGUGAAACAAUUGGGGCAAAGCUCUUGAAAUCCUAUCAAAAACUGAGUAAAAUAUCUGUGGUUCCCCCUACUCCACCUCCUUUUACUGAAUCCACAGGGGGAAAAAACACAACGGACCUUGAUCAAGCUAAAACUUUUAAUAAGUCUGUGGAAAAUUUGUUUCUCUCUCUUGCUACACACAUUAGAAAAGUCUCAAAGUCCCACGAUGAUGUGACAGCUGACAAGAGUCUCCUAACUACAGAUUAUGGCCAGGAUGUGAAUUGGAGGAGGGAAAGGAGGAGCCAGUCUGACACAGCCAUCAACAUUGCAAGCAGGAUUCAAAAUGCACCCAGCCUGCAGCAGCUCAUCAUUGGCACAAAAGACAACAAUGCAGUCUUUACCAAAAAGGGUUGCAGGCCAGGAGAAGACCUUCCUUCUAGUCCCCUGAGUGAUGUCGUCUUCUGUGGUGGUGUAAAACAUGGGAGUUUAUUUAGCCUUAACAGCACUUGCACUGAGGCUGACAAUUUUGACAAGGCUAACAUCACUGGGGAAAUAGAGUUUGCCAUCAAAUAUAUCUUCAAAACCUGCACUUUAGAAGUCUGCAUCAAUGCUUGCAAGAAUCUGGCUUAUGGAGAGGAGAAGAAAAAAAAGUGUAACCCAGUUCAGCUCAGAUCCUACCAGGAAGAAUUUGCUGCAACAUCUCUUGCAGAGAAGGGGACUAAAAUGAGUUGUCUGACAAAAACCAAAAAGCCUGGCUGGGAUGCCAGGUAUGUAAAGACCUACUUGCUUCCUGACAAAACUCCUCGGAGCAAAAGGAAGACCAUUGUCAGAAAGGGCACAGUGGAUCCAGCAUUCCACGAAAUUUUAAAGUAUACGAUUGACUACUCCCAGUUGGAAACUCGACAGCUUCAGAUAUCUGUCUGGCAUGCAGGUGUGUUCAAGAAUCGGGUGUUUCUUGGAGAGGUGCUUAUCCCACUGUCGUCUUGGAAUUUUGAAGACAAUUCAAUGCAGUCAUACAACUGGUACCAGCUCAAAGCUAAGCCUGAAGACAAUCAAGUUCAGUACAGUGGAGAACUUCUUGUGCGUGCAAAAAUGUGCUUACCAUCCCCGCCUGAAAAAUUCCGGUAUGAAGAGCACAUGAUGGAAGGGACAGAAGACCGAGCAGCUCAUGGUGGCCAGCUUCACCUCGUAGUACUUGAGGCCAAGAACUUGCCCGAGUUAAGAUCUGUUGGCAGCCUGAAUGCAUUUGUAAAAGGUUGCCUGGUCCUCCCUGACCAACGUGAGUUAAAGCAGAAGUCUCCUGUCCUGAGGAAAGAAACCUGCCCUCACUGGAAGCACUUGUUUGUCUUUGAUGGUGUUACCCCAUCUCAGCUCCAGUGCGCUUACCUAGAUCUGACCAUCUGGAACCAAGCAUCUUUUGGCUUAAGUGACCGAUUUCUGGGGGGAGCCAGGCUUAGCACACAAGAACCGAUGAGCUCCACAGCCUCCAAUCCCCAAGCAAAAGUUCUUUGGCAAAGAAUACUCAGCAGACCAAAUACCUGGAUGGACAUUACCCUGGCUCUGCAGUCAAAUAAAGGGGUGUUUAAAUUUUAAUAGUACCUGGAUGGCAAGAAUAUCUUCAGCCUGCUGCUGAGGCAAGUAUGGCUGAUGGGGUUGAACAUGCAAGGCUAUGCAGAACAUGCUCCAGCCAUGGGUAAACAAUGAGGACUUUGCUUUCUGGGAAGAAACCUCUACCCUUUGAAAGGAGACUUGUAGAAGGAAGCAAGGAGUGGACAAUCCUAAGUUGUACAACUUUCUUUGGGAAUUUUGAGAAAACUGCUAUUAGAAACUUCAGAAGCAAAAAACUGAACAGGGUUUUGUUUCAUUUGAAGCUGUAAACAGCAGCCUGCAUCUGUAAGCAAAACAGCAGUGUAACAAAAGACUGAGCAAGACUAAUAGAUUGUUGCUAGUCUCACACCCUAGGAGCACUACUUUGAAAAAGGCAGUAGGUGAUUUAAGUAUGACCACCACUGGGAAGAUAUUUGUCAGGGCUCAGAUCAGACAUACUCUAACUUGAGAAAGAGGGGAUUGUAAUGGGGUUAAAUGGUGCAACUGUGUAAAUCUCAUUACCAAAAGGGAAGGUUUAACUUUGUAAGCUCUACUUUAGUAUUGUUCCUCAAAACUGCUACUGUGGUUCAGAAGCUAAAUUGCUUUGAUAGGGGAAAGGCGGCCUUUCCCUGUAGUUGUAAGCAUUUACAGAAGUCACAGCUGGCUUCCUUGUACAGAGGGAGGCUAAGGAUGGAGGACAUUAGGGCCAUGUCCUAAUAUUCUUCAUUAGACACCCUACUUUCCAUCUCUCCCAGCAUGCUGAAGCACUGCUGUAUAUUGCACAAUGGGAAAUUAUUUAACAUGAAAAAAGCUAGUGAUAAGAGGAAAUAUUGGUCAGUUUAAUACUGCAGAGUGGGUAAAGGAAUGCCCCCCAACUCAAGUGAGUUCUACUGUAAUGCACACUGGGAAAAAGUGAAGUGGUCCAACUCCAAAUCAAAUAGUGUAGCCCAGAUUUUGGCCUUCCCCUCCCCCCCACCUUUUCUGUGGCUUAUGUUUUAUAAAUAUGAUAUCAUAAGUACUUACCUGCCAGUUAGCGACCUGGAAAAAUAGUUGUGGCAACUACUACAUUAGCCAAUAUGGAGGACAGGCACAUUUAAUAGCUUUGGAGUAUUUAAACAUCACUCCAGCUGUAAGUCUCUGACCACAAGCCUGUAAUUCAGCAGUAGAAAUGUGGUAGCACAGGCUUCAGUACAAGCCCACCAGGGACCUUGGGUGCUUAUUCAGCUAGAUGAAGCCUGUGUCUUAAUUACUAUUGUUACUCUGCUAUAGCUGGAUUACAGCUAGCUCGCAUGUGCCUCCCUGCUGCUGGCACACCUGCUGAUUGCAAUGGAGUAAUGACCUCAACAUGUAAUCUACAUGGUCUCUACUGUUACCGGCAAGCAGGCUGCAUUGUCUGACUAACGAGAGUUGCUUGCUCCUUGUUCCAUUCCAGCUCAGAAGCUGGGAUGCGAUGCUCUGCCAACCACCUGAAAACAAUCACUUCCACCCUAGAGCCAGGCUCUGCACAGUGUUGAGAAAUUGUUCAAGCAGUGGAUAGAGGGAGGGAACUGUGUGUUCCCUCCAUUCACAACUGCUGGGUUGUUGUGAUGUAAGAAUUCUUCUGCAGCCGCAUUCCCUGCUAUCACCCCCCUGGCUGGGUGGCAGCAUUACAUGAUACAAGUCCAUCAACUGCUUGACAAAGCCCUGGCUUAUACCAACAAUUCUGACCCAUCAAGAUGACCAAGCGUAAACACAGUUAGAAAGCCCUGUCUGAUUAGAAUUCCUAUGGUUAAGUCUCAGCAGAAGCUGUAUUAGAAUUAGUGGUAACUUGGCGAGUGUGAUGCUUCCUUACUGCAGACCCAGUGUCAGAAUAAAGGGUAGCAUUUUCCUGUUGAAUGCUUUUUUUCUUGGUGCUCAAAGAGCUCUAAACCAAUUUCCUUCUCAGUCCCUGUCCCUUCCCCAUCGCCACUUUGCAAGCAGCAUUUUCACUUUCUGUCCUUCCCAGUUAACAGAGUAAGCAUAGCUGCAAGGAGACUUCACUGUAAAGCUGCAAGGCAUCAACGUUUUUACUCGAACGCAAGAAUGUGCAAGUGGGACUAUGCUGCAGUCUUAGCACACAUCAGGCUGGUGUGAAAACAUCCCACACAACACAAAUCACUUGACUUCUAAUUCUUUGUCAGCUUGCAGAUCUUUUAUUUAGAUAAGUGUCGGUCACCAAAAGGAAAAAAAGGGUCUACAACACUUUGAUAAAGAGGGUUUAACUAAGACUAUGAAGCAGCAUUAAGGGUUGUAAAUGGAAGAGGGGGAGAACUUAUACCAGAUUUCAUUGGACUUUGACAGAUUUUCAGAAGAUUGGAUGGGAGGGAGUGGGUUUGGAAAAAGUCCACAGGAAUGCUCUCUGUAAUAGAGAGAAUACAAAUGUGAUAUAAACAGUCCCUUCAUGGCUGGAGUCUGAAACAUUAUUAAAUCAAAUAUUUAAAAAAAAAAAUAGAAAGCUUGUUAGAAAAAAAUUGGUGCAGUAAAAGUGUAUAUACUGAAUCACAUGCAUGUAUCACAAUUUUCACUGAAGUAAAAAAA